AUGGCCGACGUUGACGAAGAUGCGAUCCCCCGCCCCGCGCCUGGCAGCUCUGCGGCGCAGGCAGACACUGAUCUCUCCGACGAAGUGCAGGACUUUCGCUUUCUGAACAGCCUCAACAUCCUCAACACCGAAAACGGUACACUUCCCCGCCGCGGCGAAAAGGAUUACGAGCCCAACCCUACAGAACUCCAGUUCGAUGUGCUAUCCGCGUCUCGGAGAGCAAUGCACAAUGCAAUCUCCCAUCCUCGUCUGCACUCGUCAAAAACGAAUAUGAUUGGAAUAUACGCUCCGGAUGGACCUACUCCGCUCGUGACCAAUGUCGUCAAAGAACCGGCGCAAAACGACGGAGACGGAGACGGAGACGCGGCAGCAGCAAAACCUGCGAAAGUGGUCAAAGACCCAAUGAGCGGAAUACCGGCAGAGUCGUGUGUUUAUGUUCAAAAUCCCAAGGGAAUCCAUUUCAAAUCGACGGGCAAGAUGGACCGCUGGAAUCGGGCGUGGCUGCUGCCGGAAGAGGCAUUGUAUUAUCUGGAGAGAGGAACACUGGAUAUCAGAUGGCCAGCGUCGAUUACCGCGCCUCUUCAAGAAGGCGACGAAGAGUCAGGAUUGCCGAUGAGCUUGCAAGCCGCGUAUGCAUGCUUAAUUGGACAGUCGGGUCUCACCUUGGAGAGGUUUUCUGUUUAUACGGGGUUGAGACGAGUAGGAUAUACCCUUAUCCGAGCUCCCUCAUGGUACGGGGAUCAGGAUGAAGAUGACUUGGGUGUGGAUGACGAGAUUGAACAUGGUCCCUCUUUCACAGCGAGCAUUUCCAACUCGUGGAAUCGGCUAUAUUCCUCGGUAUCCAACCUUUUUGGGGAGAAUUAUUCAGAACAAGGUCCUCUGAUCGGCCUUAAUAUACCCCACAGCUACAAUGACAUAUUCCGAAAACUCGCCAUCAUCCCCGUGGAAGCGGUAGACCAGAAGAAACCGCCUCGCCGCCAGACAGAAGCCCCCUUUCAAUUCGCAUACCAUGUCUACAAGCCAUCUACACCAUUCAAGAAAACCGCACCUCCCGAGCCAGAUUUCCGCAUCGCUGUCGUCGACGCACGCACCCAGACGACGAUUCCUACACUGACACAGAUACGAGCUCUCGUUGAAACAAGCCCAUUAACCCCCCCACGUGGUGACAGGGUGCAGCACCAGCUGUACAUGCGUCUCCGGCAUGGGUAUCGCAGUGCUAUUCUCGCCGUGGUCGAUCAGGGUAUCGUCAGUUACAUGCGUUUUACGGAUGCAGGAUUUUCCAAUGAAAAACUCUACGAGAUCCAAGGGCCUCCCAAGGGGAAUAAGGGUGGCUUCCGAGGCUUAUUCCGCCACAUCGAGCAUCUCCGCACGCCGACAUGCCUCUGUCAAGCCCCAUUGACCCGACGAACCCACAUAUCAUCAACAUCCGUAACGACGACAACAGCAGCAAAAACUAGACGCUUGUCUACUCGCGCAAACCCAGAAAACACAAUAAACACCCGCCUCUCCGAGCGCACAGCUCUGAUCACAGGUGGCUCCUCCGGAAUUGGCUAUGCAAUAGCAGAACGCUUCUUGCAAGAAGGCGCGCGCCGCGUAAUCCUCGUCGGUCGACAGCGGAAAAAUCUGCAAGAUGCUGCUGACCAGCUAAUGCGUUCGUUGGCAUUUACCCAAGAAAAUGGAGAUGGCAUCAGCAGUAGCAGUAGCGAGGUUGCUACUCGUAUGCCCGAGGAGGAUCGAAGUCGGCCUAAUACUACGAUACCGGGGGAUGAUAGGAUACAGCUAUUAGUGGGGGAUAUCUCCACGGUCAAAACGUGGAUGGGGGAGCUUGAAAAGGAAAUGGCAAACGUCGACAUUCUAAUCAACGCCGCCGGGAUAUCCCUCUCCAACAUCCUCGCCAAAACCUCGCCAGACGACAUCUCGCAAACCCUGCAGACAAACCUCGAAGGCGCCAUUCUCACAUCCCGCGCUCUGCUGCGAGCAUGCAUACGCACACGUGCCAAGAACCACAGUAGUAGUUCGAAUCAGAGUGGACCGUUGCGCUCUCGAUGUAUCAUCAACAUCUCAUCGCUCCUCGCACUAAAAGGAAUUACCGGGACAGUCCCAUACGCAGCAUCCAAAGCCGGUGUAUUAGGUCUGACGAGUUCCAUGGCAGUUGAAGCUGCUGAGAUGCUGAGGGGGAGCAAAGUGGUGUUGCGCAGUAAUGCGAUUGUGCCGGGGAUAGACUUCAGCAAGGAUCAUGUAAACUCACUGCACACGCGCAUUCCCCUAAACAGGUUCGGCGAUCCGCGAGAAGUCGCAGAUGCAGCUGUUUUUCUGGCGACCAACGAGUACGCCAACAAUUGCAUUUUAAACCUCGAUGGUGGCUUGAGUGCUGUAUAA